GGUUUUCAGUUGGACUCCAAGUAAUAAGUCGCGAUGACAACGACACUCUCCAAUCCGCAUUACACGAGCAAAUCGUCUGAUACCCCAACUACACCGGCAACAGCAUCAUUUGAUGAAUUUGCACAAAGUCGUGCUAAUGCCAGUAACAGCAACGCCAGCAUAAAAACAAUCGAUGCGAACGAAAGAUCAAAUUUAAGCACGAGUUUUGCGAUUCCAUCAAAUGUAUCGAUUAUUGAGUAUCUGAAGAAGCGUGCGGAACCAAUCACCAAUAAAUUUAUGCUAGCACCACCAUCGGCAUCAACAAUUAACAUACGCAGAAAUUCGACACAGCAAGCAGCGUCAUCCGGUGCUGGCAGUAAUCAAUCAUCGGCAAUACAACGGCAAUCAAUAAGCGGUGAAACUACCGAAACAUCAUCAAUAGCAGGAGCAGGAGUAGCAGCAGUAGCAACCACAGCAACAACGAAACCUGUAGCAGCGACGACGACGGUAGCAAAAGCAGCAGCAGCAGCAUUGUCAUCCGAAGUACCGCCACCCGUACCAAAGCGAACGUUCUUGGGUAAAAUUAUCCAAAGUUCGUUGAGCGAUUCGUCAAGCCAAUCACCAACGUCGACAAUCAAGACAACCAUCAAUAACGUGUGCAAACAAACAUUUGACGAGGUAAAACGGCGUAACAAUAGUGUUAAACCGGCGAUAAACCAAAAUCAGACCGUUGUACAACGGCGUUUAGUUGAAAAUCACUAUCCCAUCGAUCAACAGAUCGAACAUUCGGAUGAUGAUCGUCUAAGCAUUGAAUCAUCGGUAUUUGAAGAGCCAAAAAGUAGUGAUCCAAUCAUAUCAUUGUCGAAUCGAUCGUCGAGCGAUUCAAAUAAAUCCCAAACCACCAUCGAUACGGGCUACAUGUCUGCAUCAAAUGAUAAUGAUCGCAUCUUUUUUGGCGCAUCCGAAGAUUUUCGCAGCCGUUUCUCAUCGGUUGACACACAAUCAUCGAUUGACAGUUGCACAUCGUCCGAUCUACAAACACAUCAAUCAUUUACGCUACAGAAUCAGGCGGCCAGAUGUAUUAUAUCGCCGUUAGCCGUUAAACGAGACGAAUACGAAGAUAAAUUCAACAACCAAGCGAUAUUGCAUGGGAAAACAUUUAGCCGUUUCAACAGUUCGAAUAGUUUGUUGAGUGUGUCGAAUAAAACAAUCAAUUCGAACAGCAGUAAUUCGAUAAAGAAUCAAUCGAUUGGCAGCAAUGCAUCGAGCCGUGGCAACGGUGGUGGUGGUGGUGGUUUAAAUGCAAAUCGAAACGUAUCGAUGGCAAAAAUUUUACCACAAGUCAAUGGUAUGAAUGGUUUGAAUCACUCAAAAACGCGUCCAGUACCACCGCCGGCACCGUCACGAACCCAACCAACCAAUUCACUCGAUUCGGGGCGAAUUCUGUACAAUGGCUCCAUGUUGGGGGCAUUCCAAAGUGGAUUGGCCAAAAUCACAUCGGCCGCUGCAACCACAUCCGAAGUCGUAAUGGGACGGCGCAGUUUUAAGAAAGCCUCACAAAUUGCACACACAAAAUUAACCCAGCGACAAGAUUCAAGCAUAACAAAUGACAGUUUUUCAUUGAAUUCAAGCCCUAGUUACAAUACAAAACAAUUGGAUGCACCAAUUUUAGCCAGUACAUCAGCCAAAAAUAAUAGCCGCACCAGUUGCUUGAAUGGCCAAGAAAUGGUGGUAACCAACAAUCAUAGCACCGUCGUCGAUGGGUUUUCAAAUAAUAAAUACCAUUUUCCCGGUCGCGGCACACUCCGACAGGAUUCAACCAUUUCGAAUGAUAGCUUUUCACUGAACUCAAGCCCCGGCUACAAUACAAAACAAUUGGAACAACCGUUACUGGCACACAGCGCCAAAAUUCAUGCAAUGAAACAGCAUCUGAAGUGCGCCGAUGAAAUAACAAAGGAUAACUUAGACAAUAGCGCCAAUUCAGCAAUUAUUAAAAGCGCAUCAACGCCCGCCAGCCUCCAGGCCGUCGUUCGCUUCCAAAACGGUUCGAAUAUGUCACUGCAGCACAAAGUCAUAAAUCGACGAAAAAGCUCAAAUCCAUACAUAACACGAGGUAUACUGAAAUUCCGCUUACUGCAAAUCCUACUCAAUGCACUUGCUCUGCUCAUUAUUGCUGGUGGUUUGGCCGCAUAUUUCAAGGCAUAUCCAACGGUAAAGUUCAUCAAUAAAACCAUAAUUACACCACAACGACCCGCACCAUCUGCUGUCACACCGAUUAAAGAGACGCCGAAAAAACAACUCAUCACCGGCCAAUUUGAUAAAAAUCCAGCGCCUGGUAUUUGUUUGCCGAUCAUUGUGAAAUUUUGCCAGAUCCAUCAAGUGCCGUACAAUUAUACAAUUUAUCCGAAUUAUAUUGGCCAUUUUAGCCAAAUCGAGGCAGAAGAAGACCUUGAACCGUACGAAGCCAUCGUUGAUGUUCAAUGCUAUGAACUUGCAUCAUUAUUUCUAUGCACGCUAUUCGUGCCGAAAUGCGGUACAGCCGGUCUCAUUCCACCAUGCAAAUCACUCUGUAUGGAAACGAUGCGCCGAUGCCGUUUCUUCUUCAAUGUGUUCGGUUUGGAGUUGCCUGAUUAUCUGUCAUGCCAUCAGUUCAGUGAUUCAAAUAAUCCCGAUAUUUGUGUUGGCCAGAAGCAGAUGCGUGAUGCGUACAAUCGGGCUUUAAAACCAG